GAAGUGGAAGAGAGGCUUCCUUGGGGAGAGGAAUUCUGCUGUUGUGUGCCAGAGUGGUUGGAGUCACCCAGGCCCAGUGAACAGUGAAGGGCGUGCCCAGUUCUGCCAGGGCUAGAGGGUCAUUCUCAAGGUCAAGGCUGUUUGUGGAGGAGGGAGAACUGGACAUCUGGUCAAGUCUGAUCCUCAUCCUUGCUCCCACUUCAUUUCCRACUCCUCCAGACCCGUGAUGGACUCAGCGGCCAAGGACAAAAUGAAGCCUGCACUUCCCUGUGGCUUUUCUUGCUCAGGGCCUGAGUGGCCAGAGCAGGAGAGGGCAGAGCAGCUGGCCAGGGGUGCAGCACUCAAGUGGGCCUCAGGCAUCUUCUACCGGCCAGAACAGCUGACCAGGCUGGGCCAGUACCGCAGUCGAGAGGUGCAGCGUACUUGCUCCCUAGAAGCCCGUAUUAAGUCAGUGGUGCAGUCAUAUCUGGAAGGUGUGCAGACUGGUGUGUGGCAGCUGGCCCGUGCCCUUGAGGCUGUGCAGGGAACCCGUGAAGCCCUGAGCCAGGCCCACGAGUUGCUCAAGAGUAUGGCCCAGGCUUCACAGAGCCUAAAGCCCCUUCGGGAGCAGGUUUCCCAACACAAGCAACUACAGGCCCUGUCUCAGUUGCUGCCCCGGCUGCAGGCAGUGCCGGCUGCAAUGGCCCACACGCAGACCCUGAUUGAUGCCCAGAGGCUCUUGGAGGCAUAUGUGAGCCUGCGGGAAUUGGAGCAGCUGCAAGAAGAGACAUGGGCACCUUUGGGGGGCCUUGAGUUGCCAGUCUUCCAGGGCCUGGGCCUUCUGGCUGAGGCACUGAGCCAGGCUGUGGAGACAGCUGCAAUGGCUGCCAGGAAGCUGGCACGGGAAGAUCCAGCCCUGCUGGUGGCUGCUAUUCGUGUGGCAGAAGUGGAGGCUGGGCGCACAACUCCUGUGGGGCAGGCUCCCCGAGACUGGCGGCAACGCUGUCUGCGUGCACUACAGAGAGGCCUGGAGCAAGUCCACUUUUCAACAACCACACUUCCUGAACCAGGAGCCCUAGCAAGGUGGCUGGAGGCUCUGCAAGUGGCCCUGCCUGCUGAGUUGGYCACAGCAGAGGCACUAGUAGCACCCUGUUGCCCACCACACUACAAAGUGGUGCAGCUCUGGGCCCACACCCUGCACAAUGGCCUGCGCCGCAGCCUGCAGCAACUCCUUGCAGGGCCUGAGCUGGGAGCUGCUGAUGCCUUCGCCUUGUUGCAUUGGGCACUGCACGUGUACUUGGGGCAGGAAAUGAUGGGGAGCCUGGAGUUGGGGCCUGAGGCUGAUGUUUCCCAGCUGGAGCCCCUCCUGACCUUGGAGAACAUUGAACAGCUGGAGGCAACAUUUGUGGCCAAAGUCCAGGCAAGUGUGGCCCAGUGGCUGCAGAAGGCACUGGAUGGGGAAAUAGCUGAGUGGGGCCGGGAGCAAGAGCCCAACACAGACCCAUCUGGCUUCUACCACUCACCAAUGCCAGCCAUCGUACUGCAGAUCCUGGCUGAGAACAUUCGUGUGACCAGCCUGGUCAGUGAGUCGCUACAGCAGCGGAUGCAUGGCAUGGCACUGUCAGAACUGGGCGCAUUCUUGAGGAGCUUCAGUGAUGCUCUAAUCCGAUUCUCCAGAGAUCACCUCAGAGGGGAAGCCAUGGCCCCUCACUAUGUGCCCUACCUCCUGGCCGCCUUCAACCACCAAACAGCAUUGAGCUCCUCAGUGUCCAGCCUGCAACCUGACGGAGUGGCUUCAGGGAUCUUGGCUCCCAUAGAAGCCGCGCUGGAUGAGUUGCAGAGGAGGAUCUGCCGUCUGGUAUUGGAGGCACUGCAAGUGGAGCUCCAGCCUCUGUUUGAGUCUGUGCCCUCGCGCCGGUGGCUGUCGAGCUCUGAGUUGCUGGACUGUGUGUGCAAUCAGACGUCGCGCUUCUGCCGGGAUUUCUGGCGCGUGAGGAGCCCCGCGGUUAAACUGCUGUUGGCAGAGGCAGAGCGCACCGUGGUAUUGCAGUACCUACGAGCGCUGAUGCAAGGCCGCCUAGUGUGCCGGGAUGCAGACGAACGGACCCAAGCUGCCGAGCGUCUGCGGCACGAUGCCGCCCAGCUUAAGGAGCUUUUCCUCGGUUUGGGUCUGGAGGAGAACUCGCAUUGUGCGCCGGUGCUGCUCGCCUUGAGGGAGUUGCUGAACCUGCGGGACCCCACGCUGCUUGGCCUUGAGGUGGCAGGCCUGAGGCAACAAUUUCCCGAYGUGAGCGAGGACCAUGUCUCUGCCCUUUUGGACCUGCGUGGGGACGUGUCCCGAGAGCAGCGUCAGGCUGCACUCAUCUCCUUGCAGGACGGCUCGCCGCCUUCGCCCCUCACAGGCCACCGUGCACUCUUCAGCCUGGUGCCAGCGCCUACGCCCUCCUUCUCCUCGUGUCUUCCCUCGGGGCCCUGCUCUUGAAGCUCCCGUGCAUGCAGAAUAAAAUA